UCACCAAUCACCAAGCAUCCUUUCUUUCUCCCUCGCUAAAAAUCUGCGGUGCUUGGAGAGAGAGAGAGACACUUCAUAUAUAUCAACCAUCUAUCCAUCCAACCUUUUCGUUCCACCUUCACAAUCUAAUUUGGUAGAACGGAUUCCCAGAAUCGUCACAAACUUAGUGAGUGAGGGCGGUUUCCGGCAACUAGGAGACCGCUCCACCACCAUAAGUUUGCUCGCCUUUUAUGUAACCCCGGCCUGAAUUCUGGUUUCCAAGGUUUACGCCGAGAAGAGGCAAAACUGAUACCAAAAAAGAAGAUGUCGGGAAACGGGGAUGAUGAGUUGUCUCCAUCUCUUUUGCCAUGCGAAUGGGUUCGUGGCAAAAUGAUCGGAUCAGGCUCAUUCGGGGUUGUUCAUUUGGCCAUCAACAAAUCCAGCGGCUCACUUUUCGUGGUGAAGUCAUCCGAAUCUCAAGAGGGGGAUCAGUCUCUUGAGAACGAAGCUAGCGUUCUCAAGAGCCUGGAUUCCCCUCACAUUGUACAAUGCCUUGGAAAAGACGUUUCCUUCGGCGAAAACGGUCACACAAAAACAAAUCUUUUCAUUGAGUACAUGGCAGCCGGAAGUCUCGGUGAUGUCGCCGAGAAACUCGGUGGAAAAUUAGACGAGGGAGUCAUCCGUGUCUACACCCGGGAAAUCCUCAAAGGAUUGAAGUAUCUCCACGAUAGUGGAAUCGUCCACGGUGAUGUUAAAUGCCAAAAUGUGCUUUUGGGUCCGUGUGGGACCGUAAAGUUAGCUGAUUUCGGUUGUGCCCGACGGCUACUGUCGGGCACAGGCACCACUGGAGCCAUCAAUCGGAAGUUCCUCUGUGGAACUCCGUUGUGGAUGGCUCCAGAAGUUCUUAGGAACGAAGGGCUAGAUUUCUCAGCAGAUAUCUGGUCUUUAGGGUGCACCGUUAUUGAAAUGGCAACGGGGCGGACCCCAUGGGGUGAACUCGGGGUGUCGAAUCAAAUGGCGGCAAUUUUGAAGAUUGCUUCGAGCAACGAAUUGCCUUCAUUUCCUCGGGAUUUUUCGAAAUCCGGUUUGGAUUUUCUCAACAAGUGUUUGGUGAGGAAGGCAGAAAGGAGAUCUACCGUUGAUGAGCUUCUAAAUCAUCCAUUCAUCAAGGGCGAAAUGGUAAUUAAAAAACAUGAAAUGUAUUCGCCGUUGAGUGUUUUGGAUAUGGGUGAUGACGGUUAUGGUUCGGAUGAGUCUGAGGAGAUGAAAGUUAUGAGUAAAAUACCAUUUUCAGUUCGCCGUUAUGAGAAGAGAAAGUCGACACAAAGGCAAUGUACAGAAAAUGAGAUGGUGUCACAGGAAAAUUGGGUCACAGUUAGGACCUAAAAAGAAAGAAUGUUUUAAAAAGAGUUGAUGGAUGAACGAAUGAAUGUAUGAUUGUAUAGGAUUUUAGGGAUGAUGUUUUUGUUUGAAAAAGAAAAUGUACAGCCAAAAAAUAGUUUUUACUAAAACCAGCCCCAAAGUGUUGAAUUAGUUUUAUUUGUUUAAAAUAAAAUAAAAUAAAAAUAUUGAAUAUGAA